AUGCAAGCCCUGAUGAACGUCGAUCCUACACCUUACGUUUGCGCCAACAGCGCGACCUUCAUUUGCAUGGACACGCCGGCUUGCGAUAGCCUCCUGAACACAGCAGAGAGCUACGACCUCUUCCACGUGCCCAGAAGUGAGGAGGAACUCGAGAACACGUGCAACCCUCCGGACACAUCCACGAGCACUGCGGCCAGCACUCAAGAAAGCCCAGCGGAACAGGCAGAUGUGAUUCCGGCUGCGCGUAGCAUCCCAGAUGUGGGGCCGACCCCUUCCACGAGCUUGAGGACGGCAGAGGGCUGCUGA